UAUUUUUCUAUUAGAAAAAAUCAAAAUAGAAGUGACAUGAAGAACAUGAAUGGAAAAAUGGGAGCAUAGAAAGAGAGCAAGAAAAAGGAGGAAAAUAUGACUUCAAUUAGUACUAGAAAGAAGAAGAAAAAAAAAACAUUUUUAAGAACUAUUUUCACCGACUAAUUAACCAAAUAAAAGUACUUAAAAACCAAAAUUUCCAAGUAAACAGUUUUAAACCCAACCAAGUUACCAACAAACAUUACGCUCUCGUAUUAAUCCAUGGAUUUUUAUGCAUCCUAAUUUCCCAGUGCCUUAAGUCAUUGACUCUAAACAAAUGAAGGGAAUAUCAGAGUAUAGUCCAGCAAAUUCGCUAAAUAGUCAGAGCAACAAUAAAAAAAAAAUAAAAAAAAAAAAAAAACAAAAUGAUUGAGAGAAAACCUGUCAAAUGUAGAGAGAAUUAACUAAAAGAGUCAGCUCCCUUAACUCUGAGCAUAACAGUACAACACAUUGUCCACCUCAGCAUCAUUUACGAACCCAACCUUCCUUAUAAAUACCACUCUUCACACCCCCCAUUUUUUAUCACUCCUCACUCCCUCCUCCUCUCCCUCCCCCCCUCCUCCACAUAUCCUCGCUUUGGCGGAACUUGAUUUGAUUUAAUAAAAUUAUUGGAAAUCCACCGGUCUCCCGGUUCCGAAAAGAAAAAACAAAAUGACUUGCUCAGAAUUAAAAUCAUCAUCUUCUCCAUCAUCCGUUACAGUAGUUUCAAAAACAACUGUUAUCCCCUCCCAACCUUCCACCAUAGAAGACCUUAAACUCUCAGUCUCUGACCUCCCUAUGCUUUCCUGCCAUUACAUUCAGAAAGGCGGUCUAUUCACCCGACCACCGAUCAUUUCCACCGCUUUGAUUGCCCUCCUUAAGGAAGGCCUUGCUGUUACCUUAACUCAUUUUCCCGCCCUCGCCGGCCGGUUUGUGACCAAUUCCCUCGGUUACGUUCAUAUUACUUGCAACGAUUCCGGAAUUGACUUCAUCCACGCCACCGCCAAGAGUGUCUUUAUCCGUGACAUUCUCUCUCCUACCGACGUCCCUGACGUCGUCAAGGAAUUCUUUACUUAUGAUCGGACUGUUAGUUACAAAGGCCAUUUUCAGCCGUUGUUGGCGGUUCAGUUCACGGAGCUUGCUGACGGUGUUUUCAUCGGUUGCUCUGUUAAUCACUCUGUUACUGACGGAACCUCUUUCUGGAAUUUUUUCAAUACUUUUGCUGAGGUUUGUAGGGGAGUCAAGAGAAUCACGAAGUCGCCGGAUUUUAGCCGGAAUUCGGUGAUUAUCUCGCCGGCGGUUCUGAAGGUUCCAGAAGGUGGCCCGGUGGUUACUUUCAAUGAGAAGGAGCCUUUAAGAGAGAGAAUUUUCAGUUUUAGCAGAGAAGCAAUUUUGUUGUUGAAAUCGAAGGUGAAUCACCGGAAAUUGUCGAAUUCCGCCGUGGAAAUGCUCGGAAAACAGAGCAACGAUCCAUGGAAUAACAACAAAGACGGAAAAAUGGCGUCGAAAAUCGAGAAUUGGUUACGAAACGCGGUUGCCGUUUCGAAACCUCAGAGCUUGACCGAAACGGAAUCAAUGGCGGUUGAGAUCUCGUCUUUUCAAUCUCUCUCCGCGCUUCUAUGGAGGUGUGUUACUCGCGCGAGAAAACUAAAUCCUGAUAAAACGACGACGUUUAGGAUGGCCGUUAAUUGCCGUCAUAGAUUAGAGCCGAAGUUGGACCCACUUUACUUCGGAAACGCGAUUCAGAGCAUCCCAACCGUUGCUUUGGUUGAUGAUGUGUUGUCCAAUGAUCUACGGUGGGCCGCGGAGCAGCUGAAUAAAAACGUGAAGGAUCAUGGAAACGACACCGUUAGGAAGUACGUUUCUGAAUGGGAGAGUAACCCCAGGACUUUUCCUUUGGGUAAUUUUGAUGGGGCGAUGAUUACAAUGGGUAGUUCGCCCCGAUUCCCGAUGUACGAUAAUGACUUCGGGUGGGGAAGACCCGUGGCGGUGAGAAGCGGGCGGGCUAAUAAAUUCGAUGGGAAGAUAUCCGCUUUCCCGGGUCGAGAAGGUGGAGGGAGUGUUGACCUUGAGGUGGUUUUAUCACCCGAGACGAUGGCGGGUCUUGAAUCCGACCCGGAGUUUAUGCAAUUUGUAACUAGUUGUUAGGCCCUAAAUGGAGAAAUUGAAAUUGAAUGGUGUUGUUGGGUUGUAAAUUUGAUUGAUGACCCUGAAGGGUCAACCCGUGGUGUUUGUCGGGUCAUCGGGUAAAUGGGUGGGUGAGAUAAUGAGAGAAAGCGGCCUUUUUCAUAUUUCUUUUUCCCCUUAUUUUAUGUUCUUCUAUCUUAACCUUCUAUUGUGCCAUAAUUCUAAUUCUAAUUCUAAUUGUAAUCUUACUUUUUACCUUAAUUCUUAUAUUAUAGAAGUAAAAAUAUAUUUCAUUUGAAA